AUGGCUGAUUCAAACGAAUUAAUUAAUAAUACCUCAAAAAAUACAAAAAUUGGUGAUGUUUCAGUUCCCUCAUCCUCUUUAGUUGCUUCACAUUAUAAUGCGAUCCCUGAGAUCGGAAUUCAAAAAAGAAAUAAUAGCAGCAUCUUGCACCUUAGAAACUUGAAUAAUUGGAUGAAGAGUAUGUUAAUAGCUGACACACUUGAUAGAUUAAAAUCGCAAAGUGAAAAAUUUGGUUGGGAACAAAUAAGAGUAUUCGAUUUGGCUUGUGGUAAAGGUGGGGAUCUUCGAAAAUGGCGUGUUGGAGGAAUUGAUGAAAUUGUUAUGACUGCUGAAGUUUCACUUCAAGAUUGCAGAGAUCGUUUUAACAGGAUGAGAGAUCGAAGGACAAAACGUUUACCUUUUAAUGCUCAUUUUGUACAGGCUGAUUUAAUUGAAGUCGAUCUUCCUGAUUGUUUACCUAAAGAAGCACCUAAACAAUUUGAAAUUGCCAGUUGUCAAUUUGCACUUCAUUAUGCUUUCCGUUCUGAACAAUGUGCUCGAAAAAUGAUUGAAAAUUGUACAAAAAUGAUUCAAGUUGGUGGAUAUUUUAUUGGGACAAUUACAAAUGCUUCAGCUAUUGUACAAUAUCUACGUAAAUCUGCCGGCAAUUUUUCUAAUCGUGUUUGCAGUGUUUCUUUGGGAAAUAAUUUCUCUCUUGAUGAAGAAUCCCCAAUUCCUCUGUUUGGCGCUGAAAUCCGUUUUAGAUUGGAGGGGGUUGUUGAUUGUCCUGAAUAUUUGUGCUACUUUCCUUUGCUUGAAAAAAUUUUAGAAGAAAUGGGCUUUCAAUUAAUUUAUGAAUAUGACUUUCCCGAUGCCAUAAAUAAUUAUUUAAAAGAGAGGGGAAAUGAAGCUAUUGAUUUAAUGCAGAAAAUGGAUGCUUUGGAGAUUUUGGACAAAAACAAAUUUUCUGAAGCAGAUGAGGAAGAAUUUGGGCCGGCAAUUACUAAAUUAAAGAGUGGGAACGAGGAAAGAGUGGUUAGUUUAUUGGAGGGUGGGGGGUUUUUGGAUUUUCAAGGGGAUUUUGUUAAGAAUUCAUGAGAUAAUUGAAUUAAUUUUUAAAUUCUUGUUAGAUAUUCUAGCGUUGGGAACUCCUUUGAAUUUAG